AUGUCUGAAAACAAAAUCAUAGCUAUUGUUGGAGCGACGGGAAACCAGGGCUCAUCCGUUGCCAAAGCCUUCCUCUCGACCCCUGGCUGGACAGUUCGUUGCCUCAUCCGCAACCCGGCUUCAGAGAAAGCCCAAGCACUGUUACGGCUAGGCGCUCAUAUCCGGCAAGCAAAUCUGGACAGUAUAGACUCACUGGCGGCUGCAUUCGACGGUGUUGAUGUCAUCUUCGCUAACACGGACUUCUGGGAGAUUUGGAUAUCUAUGGUCAACUCCGGCACUGACCAAAACACGGCUAGCUCGACCGCUUAUACCAGAGAGCUGACCUGGGCGAAGAACGCGGCGAUCGCAGCAUCUAGAGUGCCAACCCUGAAGGGGUUCGUGUACUCCGCUUUGGCUCCUAUGAAAGAUGCAUCAGGCGGCAAGUACACGACUUCACUCCACUGGGAGAGCAAGGCAGACACGGUCAAGUUCAUUGAGAAAGAGCUUCCCGAGCUGUGGAAGAAGACCAGCCUCAUUUACGUCGGAACGUAUAGCACAAACCCUUUCCUGAUACCGAAGAAGGAUCCCGAGUCCGGGGAGUAUGUGAUGGCACUGCCGACCGUCAAGACUUGCAGAUUCCCCAUCAUCAAUACGCCGACCUCGGUAGGUCCCUUUGUGCGUGAGCUAGUCCUUACAGAGGACCCUGGUACAAAGCUUUUGGCGUUUGAUAGGGACAGCUACCUGACCGCAGCUGAAGCAUUACAGCUUUGGAGCAAGAUCACUGGCAAGCCCGCCAAGUAUGUGCAGUUGGGAAUGAAGGAGAUGGCGGAAAAGACCGGUCUCCCAAUGGAGAUGCUAGGCGAUGCGGGCUUCUUGGGCGAGUUUUCUUUCACGCAUGGAGUCGAGAGUGUAAUCACACCCGAUCAGCUAAAGAAUAAGGUGGAGACGUCCACCUAUGAGGAUUAUCUGAAGGCACGCAGUCUAGAGUACUUGCUUGAAGGUGGUUUUAGUCCUUUUUGA